GGCGCAAUUCUACUUUCCUAGGCCUGCCCUAUUUAUUUAUCUUUUGACCGCGAAUAUUGGAAUACAAUGCUAGAUGAACGGUAAUGUUAGUUUCAAUGUUAAACAGAAUUCGACUCAAAAGUUUGUGUGUGUGGUAACCUGCGAUGAUAACCGAGAAAACUCCUCCUUCCCCUAGAUUCUUGGAAGCACCCUUGCUAAUUAAUAUGUUGUUAGAUGAAUGUUGUUGCCUCAGUAAAUCAAUUUCAUCGAUGACUUCAAGAAAUACUGGAUAUAAGACUGGUUCUUCAUCUGCGAAACUCAGCCGCCCAGGUAGCCCUAUUUCGAGCCUUUCAAGUCAUUUUCGAACGAUGAGACGUGAAACGCUUCAGUUCCUGUGGUUGGGCUGGUUCAAGUCUUGAAGCGAAUGGUAUGGCUCAAAAGUCCUUCUGGAGAUUUUGGAAAUGUGCUCUGUAACUACCCCCCGGAGCAAUUUGACAAUUGUCACACUUAACAUGGUGAUUGUUAAAUGCUAUUUGGAGCCAUGCAUGACAUUCGCUCUCAAUGCCUUGCACAAAUCCUACCGCUCCUACUUAACGCAAUAACGGUACAUAUUCAUACUCCGACCUGUGGAAUGCAAAGCCUCCGCCUUGAAUCAAGACAUGAGCUACCAUAUAUCCAUACAGAUUGACCUGCAGUUUAGGGAGAGCCAAGCUAUUUUUUGGAGAUAUGCGCGGAGAUGCCUAUCACAUCCGCUCCCUGGAGAUUAUACAACCAUUGUGCAGAGGCCGUGUGCAGAGACAAUUUUAUAUACCUGGUUACGGGAGGGAUAAGCGACCGGCCCUAAGAACGAACCUGGAAAAUACAAUGGCAAAAAUUCCAAGCUCAGCGCAUCCGGACCCUAAGUGAUAUGGUCCGUCACGCCGGAAACCUGCUUUGUUUAGCCAUAGUCGGCUUCGACACUAUGUAUGUAUGUUCUCUUCCGGACAGCUAAUGUACCUACAAUCAAUCUGUCAACUGUUUGAUGCCGCUAGGCGGUUGGCGAUGCUUGAACUGGUGGCUCUACAUGCUGGUGGUUGGAACUACGGGCAACCAUGCCAUACAACCGGAUCAAAAAGAUGAAAAAGAUGCCGCACCCGGCCGGAGCUGGCUAUUUUGUGUGUUCCAAUGAAGGUAUGUUGCUUCCUUUCCCCAAAUACCAGUGACCAAGCGGCAAGUGCUUAAAUGCUUGCCUGUGGAGGUGACCCAAAUAAGAAUGUAGGGUAGUCUAUGAUAUGACAAAUAUGUUCCGAUGAAAUAUAUAACUAGUCGAUCUGCUGGCAUUUCUGUUGAGAAUUGUGCCUGCAUGGUCGGCGCCACACCAGCUUUCAUUGGCAAGCAUCAGAGAAAGCAAUUAACUAACCACUGGUAUCUACCUUCGCCUCUUUACAAGAAUCAUCCUUCCUCUAUUAAACUAGAAGAGCAAACCGAGUCCAGGAAUGGCUAACGACAACUGAGCCUCGCGAACGUCAACCCAUCUAAGAUUCCCAGCUCGAAUCUACCCCGAAUAAACCACAGAACAGGACCAAGAGAACGAUUGGACGCAGCAAAAAAAUUUUCAGGCUCACUCCGCACUAUGGAGUAGUUACUCUUUGAAAACAUUCCAUUUUGUAAAAAUUUCUAACACACUACAACAAGUUGUAACCAGCGCACUGCUGGUAGAAGGGCCGAUCAACCCGGGACCCCCAACAAAAAAGGAGCAGCACGUGGUCAAAGAAAUAUAGUGAUCGAUUAAUAAAUAGCCGUCUUCAAAGUUACUCUACUCCGUAACCAUGUUCUUUCAACUCUGGGCACAAGUUCAAAGACCUUAAGACGCUUCAGAACACUAGACUUCUCCUCCCGAAUGUUCCUUGUCAACACCCACGUACGUGUUGUUACGAGAGUGAGAAGCCUGCGUCCAAUGCGCUAUAUGAGAGGCAUUAUCAAGACGGCAUCGAGCUCUACAUCUUAUCGGAACCAACAUUUAAAUCGCGUUGCCCAAUGCCCGGAAGUCCAGGGACACCUUCCUCUCUCAACACAACCUACUCCUGUUGAAUAUAUGGGCCUGGCAAGUGGAUAUUUCACAGCUAUAAGUGCGAGUUAUGAAAUGCUGUUUGUGUUUCAUCUUGUCACCGACAACUUUUAUUUGGUUGUUGUUAGCUUGCUUGUUGAAUUUACCCUGUCUUCUUUGAGUGCCACAUGUUUUACUUGGGUUCGUUUCUUUGACAGGAUUUGGAGCAUAUAUGAUGCUCGCUCGGCAGAUCCAGUAUAUUUUCUUUCAUCGGGGGUUUCCUUUCUGUAAAACCCAUUUCCCAUUGUUCGCUAGAUAUUCUCUGAGGGUAUUACCCCACACUCGAGUUACUCCUUUUGAGUUGACCAUCAUUACAAGAGCGGUCCUUGAAGAAAAUGAAUCAUUUCAUCUUCAUUUUUUUUAUUUUCAUUUUGACUGGUUUAUCUAGUUUUUUAUGGUUGAACAGAUUCCCUACGCGUAGCUGCAGCAUUCAAAUCACACAUUAUCCACUUGUUUGCUUAGCUACUAGAGAGUUUGUUCGUCUAUCCCAAACUCCCGAGGCCAGAUGAUAUAUACCUAUCUAAGCGUCUGCUUGCGAGUUCUUCCGGAUGUAGCCAAUUUUGCCAUAUUUCGUUGGUCAUGAUACACCCCGGCGGGCAAAUCCGCGUGCUUGUACUACAGUUUUAUAUAUCUAAACCCGGAAAAGUAAAGGAUCCGGGGUGUUCCUAGCGCAUAGAGAGAAGAAAUUUACGUAUAUACACCACAAGUAUAUACAUAUAUCUAUGCUGGUAUACAUACACAUUACUAGCCUCUCUUCCGUGUUUAUUUUCCCCCUCUUUGCUGAGGCCCUAUUCCUACCUUCUAUCGCGCUCGAGUAAUUUUGACAACCUGGAACAAACUCCUCUCUCAAUUAAUAGAAGAGUGGCAUGAAGAUGGAGGCUCCAAAUCAUGUUGUAGCAGCAACCGCCACCAGUAUCCCGCAUGUGAAGAAGCGGCCCAGGAGAAGCCGGGGGAGGGGAGAUCCUCGCAACGCGAGAAUGCGAGAAGAAGCGGCCUACGAGAAGCAGAUGAAACAAAAGAAACGGGAGGCAGAGGAGAAGCUCAAGCAGCAGCAACAGCAACAGCAACAGCAACAAACCGUCCAAGCGUUAUCGCGUAGAGGUCGCCGUCGCCAUCAUCUCAUUCCAGCCAAGUCUCGCAUACAAAUCACAAGACCUGAGGUUCUGUCAACAAAUCCUCCUCCUCUAUUAACACAGCUGCAGACACCUCUCUGCCCUUUUUCUUCUUCUUCCUCUCCUUCUUCACCUUCUUGUCACCCCCCACUUCAUCUUCCUUCAUCUUCUCAACAGAGUCUCCUUUCUCCUCACUUAGUAGCAGCAACAGCGGCUGUAUCAGAACGACCACAACUCCCUGGUUGCCCUGGUGUCGACGUCUAUGGCUGCUGCCCACCAGGGCAAGAUCCCUCUAAUGCACACUUAGAAAUGGCACAGCGCCCUGAGCCCUUAUCUGACUCUCGGCCCGGUCGCAGAGCUGGGUUGAACGUUUCUUCACCUUCGACACGAUUUACGGGCAGAGAUACUGACUCCAGAAACACCUCUCCCAUCAAAGGCGAGUGGGCUUCGUGGGAGUCAGUUACGCUCUCACUAACUCGAAUCCCUAAAAAUGCCAAUACCUUCACGCUGUUUAAGUCAUUUUCCGCAUAUGGCAAUAUCGAUUACAUUGAGAUCUAUAAAGGGAACCGAGAAGGGCAAGGCAAGAUUCAAUUUAAACCGCCACCACGAGAUGACUUCUGGAACAAUAGGAGAUACAAGUUGGCACUUGAAAACAAUGAAUCUGUGCUAUUAGGUAUCAAUUUGGAGACCCAGAGGCGUAUUUUAGAAAUAGCGAGCCCUACUAGACCAGGGGUGAAAUAUCCUGCAACCAUUGAAUUACAUGCUCUGUCAGUGGAUUUCGGAUCCAUGAUUGAGGAAAGAUCUUUUCUUCGGCUAAGAUCUCUUCCCUCAAAUAGAAUAGGGACUGUUCGUCUGGUCCUCAACGUUGAACAUCGGGAACUGUGCAUAUUUGUCAACGUACCGAAGGUCUCCGCAAACCUCUCCGAAAAUACCGAAAAUUCACGUCCGGGGAAUCCAUUUCGGUUUUGUAUCAGGUUUUCACAACUGACGAACAUCUUUCAAAUAAGGAGCUUGGAACAGGCCUCCCUGGUGAUCCCUUUGGAUUCGCCAGCAAUUUGCCAUCAGCAGAUUACCGCCUUAGAAAAGGAACAUUUUCCGGAGAAUGAAAAUGUCUGGAGCUCGCGGGAUACAUGGUUCCGACAAACAGAUAUUGUUCGCUACCCUGAAAUAAUCACUCGCACGCCGGUCAAUCUUAGGAAACAGAAUUCGUAUAUUAACUUUGGGCGCUGGACAACUUUUCGACUUGCGUUCCACGAGAAUACUCUGCGCGAUGAUAACAAGUUCCAAAAUUUUAAUAAUGCGCUUAAGGACUUUAAUGUCAACAUUCUAGAGACCGAUGAUAUUAAAGUCAUCGAAAGGGCUGAACCUAUAUCUACAGUUUGGAAAUGGAUUGAUGCUCCCUCCACGCAUAGAUCACGACCUCGAUCGUCAUUAGAAGAUUUGGGAGAAGACGAGUACAUUCCCCUUCCCUUCUCUGUUCGAUAUCAGCUAGAGGUAUGCAUGUCCCAUCGGUACAUAAAUGAAUACACAAUCGAAGAAACGUUUGUCCGUCGACUGGUUCAACUAGGCGAAAAAAAAGCGAAAGAGCUUCUCGAGCACGUUGCCAUGAACAAGACUAUCUAUUACGAUCCAAUGGAGAUAUUCAACAUACCAUUUCCCAAAGGAGCGACCAAUGGUAGAAUCCCGGGUCAUUGUUGUUACAUUAGGAGUGCUGAUGUUACCCCUUCUACUAUUUGUUACGACAUUCCAUCUGUUGAUACUUCUAAUCGUGUAUUCCGCUACCAUCGGGAGCAUGCAGACCGCUUUCUCCGUGUCCGGUUCUGCGACGAGAAAUACAUAGGUAAGAUAUAUCCCAACAAUAGCGGCAAUAGCCAGUGCAUGGAAAAAGUCUAUGCGCGAGUCCUGCGUACGUUGCAGCACGGUAUCACAAUAGGCGAUCGACGGUACGAAUUCCUGGCAUUCGGCAACUCUCAGCUUAGGGAGCAUGGAGCAUACUUCUUUGCUUCACUACCGCAUCUCACCGCUGCCAAUAUCCGUGCUCAAAUGGGCGAUUUGAAUAAUAUCAGAGUUGUUGCCAAAUACGCAGCGAGACUAGGACAAUGCUUUUCAACCACCCGUGCAGUUACUAGCUGUCCAGUACAGAUUAAGAAGAUUGAUGAUAUCGAGCGAAACGGUUACGUAUUCUCAGACGGGGUGGGUCGUUUAUCGCAUUUUUUGACUCAGAUGAUCCAAAGCGACCUUGGAAUUAAAACUCCAUCGGGGGAGCCACCUUCGGUCUUUCAAUUCCGGCUUGGUGGCUGUAAAGGCAUUCUCGCAGUUUCACCUGAAGCUCGUCAACGAGAGGUACAUAUUCGAAGGAGUCAAUUCAAAUUCCCAGCUUCCCAUAACGGGCUCGAAAUAAUCCGAUAUUCUCAUUUCUCUUACGCAACUCUAAACCGCCAGCUCAUUCUUAUUUUGUCUGCCCUGGGAACUCCUGAUGAAGUAUUUAUUGCCAAGCUCAGUAUGAUGUUGGCUAAUUUAGAGCAGGCUAUGACUGACGAGGACAAGGCUGUCUCUCUUCUACAAAAAUAUGUUGACCCAAACCAGAUGACGUUGGUUCUUGCGGAUAUGAUACGUGAUGGCUUUCAGGGCUCACGGGAGCCAUUUGUUUCAUCCCUACUUGAAUUAUGGCGUACUUGGCAAAUCAAGUAUCUCAAAGAGAAGGCCAAGAUUGCAAUAGAUGAGGGGGCCUUUCUUUUAGGCUGUAUCGAUGAGACCAAGACCCUGAAAGGAUACUUUCGCAGUGCGCGGCCAAAAGCAAACUCAACCUACCAGGAAAGGGUAGAUUGCCUUCCCGAAAUAUUCGUUCAAGUCUGGCGGCACAGCGAAGGCAAAUACGCUGUUAUUGAGGGCCUCUGCAUUCUCGCUCGAAAUCCGUCACUUCAUCCGGGAGAUAUUCGCGUUGUCAAGGCGAUCCAGUUUUUGUCUCCUGAGGAAAGACCACAGUUCGACAAGCGGAUUUUAAAAUCAGGGAUUGAGGUUGACGAGAAAUUAUUGAGCGUUGCAACCGACCUCAAAAUGCAGUACGAUACGGAUAUGCGGCGGAUCAUGGCCCGGCACGAAAUCGAAACCGAACUCGAAGUCUGGUCAACGUUCGUACUAAGUCAUUCGGAGAUGUCGAAUGACUACAAAUUCCAUGAAGACAUUGGUCGCAUCUCAUCCGCCCUGCGGGAGAAGUUCAGCACGCUCUGUCAGGAAAAAGCAGGCGGUAACGACUUUGAACACCUCGCGCCUCUUGCCGUCGCGAUGUAUAAAGUGACCAGCGAACAGAUGGAGGCGGCUAUGGCUGAAAAAUCCGCUGUCCUCAUUGAGAAUAACAAAAUGGAGAAAAGGUUGCCUCUCAUUAGUUUCCCUUGGGUGCUCCAGCAAGUACUCGGAAAGAUCGCGAAUGGGUGUUUUGAGAGUCCAUUGAAUCACAGACGGUGUCCCGCCAUUAUUCAGGUCGAAAUUCCCCGCGCUCCCAAACCUAUCAAAGCCAUCAAUAUUCUUGUCUCCCCGGACGCGGAAACUGAAGGCGGCCUGAAGUAUGCUGGCGAUGUCUUGCAGCUUUUCGAUGACUCCGAAUCCAAAGAGGAGCUGUUUGAGUAUCUCAGUGAACAAUCCGACAAGCCCGAAGCGCCGGCCGGUCAAGAUGAGGGUAUAAUUACCCCAUCGUUUCAAAAAAUCCAUGGCCCAAACGGUGAGGGCGCAGAUCUACUUAUUGCCUUCAACGAUGAUACCAGCACUCCGUCGAUUUCUCUGCCAUAUCCAAACAUCCAAGGCAAAAUUACCAUACCGGCACGAGAACCACUCACUCCGAACAUCGCUCCGCCUGCAAGGGCCCUCGAUCUGAAUGGGAUUGAAUUUAGAUCCGUUUCGCAAGCGUAUUUCGCAAACUCCUACUUACCAGCUACUCAAUGUGAAGCUAAUGGCUUACAAGUGGGAGAUGCAAAUAGGCAGAGAACCAAGCAAAAUGCUAAACCGGCUUGGAGUUUGGCUGUGGCGGUCGGGAGUCAAGAAGACAAAGGAGAAGAAGAAGGACAUAGGGAAGAGAUCAUCGAGUUUGGACACGAUAUACAAACUUCAGCACUGGAUGAACUUGAACAGCUUUUGGGGAUGAAUUGA